GGGCGGCGGGGCGGCGGGCGCGAUGCCGUACGCCAACCAGCCCACCGUGCGCAUCACGGAGCUCACGGACGAGAACGUCAAGUUCAUCAUCGAGAACACGGACCUGGCGGUGGCCAACUCCAUCCGCAGGGUCUUCAUCGCCGAGGUGCCCAUCAUUGCCAUCGACUGGGUUCAGAUCGAUGCCAAUUCCUCUGUCCUCCACGACGAGUUCAUCGCUCACCGGCUGGGCUUGAUCCCACUCACCAGUGAUGACAUCGUGGACAAGUUGCAAUACUCCCGAGACUGCACGUGCGAGGAGUUCUGCCCUGAGUGCUCCGUGGAGUUCACGCUGGACGUGCGCUGCAACGAGGACCAGACGCGCCACGUCACGUCCCGGGACCUCAUCUCCAACAGCCCCCGCGUCAUCCCGGUGACAUCCCGGAACCGGGACAAUGACCCCAACGACUACGUGGAGCAGGAUGACAUCCUCAUCGUCAAGCUGCGAAAGGGCCAGGAGCUGCGCCUCCGCGCCUAUGCCAAGAAGGGCUUCGGCAAGGAGCAUGCCAAGUGGAACCCGACCGCCGGGGUGGCCUUCGAGUACGACCCCGACAACGCCUUGCGGCACACCGUGUACCCCAAGCCCGAGGAAUGGCCCAAGAGCGAGUACUCAGAGCUGGAUGAGGACGAGUCGCAGGCCCCCUACGACCCCAACGGCAAGCCAGAGCGCUUCUACUACAACGUGGAGUCGUGUGGCUCUCUGCGCCCCGAGACCAUUGUCCUCUCGGCCCUGUCCGGGCUGAAGAAGAAGCUGAGUGACCUCCAGACACAGCUGAGCCACGAGAUCCAGAGCGACGUCCUCACCAUAAACUAGCCUCACCCCCG